AUGGCGUCCGGAAUGUCUGCUGAGCAGAUUGAGCAGAUGAACAAGGUCCGUGUGUCGCUCGGCCUGCAACCACUGGAAGUGCCAGGACAAGGACCACAGUUCAAGGAAGACGAUGAUGGCAGCGACAGCGAUCAGAGCGAGGACUUGAGCACACUGGAGAAGCGCGCAGCAGCUGCAGGGAACAACUGGCAGCGACACGAAGCAGAGAGGAAGGAGAAGGAGGAGCGGCAGAAGCGCAAAGAUGCCGCAAAGAAGGCCCGUGAUCUUGCGGCGCGCAACGAGAAGCUGCAGGGCAAAGGUCUCGGUGAUGAGGAUGCAGCCGAAGAAGUUGAUACUCGUACGUGGCUGCUGCAGCAGAAGAAGAGGCAAAAGAAGAUCGACAAAGCACGCAAACUGGAAGAGGAGCUGGCCGCACGGGAGCAACAAGCCGAGUAUACGGCCAAGGAUCUUGCUGGAGUGAAGGUCGGCCACGAAGCUGCAGAAUUUGACGAACUUACUGGCGAGCAGAUCCUCACGCUGAAAGACGCUGCAAUCGGCGAGGAAAGCGAGGAUGAUGAGCUGGAGAACACCGAUCUCAAAGCGAAGGAAAAGCUCGAAGAGAAGCUCAAGCUCUUGAAGAAGCGGCCUGACUACGAUCCGACUGAGCAGGGAGAGCAGAAGAACCUCUUGUCGAAGUACGAUGAGGAGAUUGACGGCAAGAAGCAGAAACGAUUCACACUGGAUGGUCAAGGCACAGCAGCAGAAGCGUUGAAGAGGAAAGCUGCCAAUGAGGGCGAGGUCAAAGGUAAGGGUGUCAAGAUUAGUCUCGACAUUCUCAAAGACGAUGCGCCAACUUCAGACUAUGUCGACCCCUCGACAAUCAAAGUGAAGAAGGCCAAGAAGAGCAAGAAAGAGAAGAAGACGCGACAGAAAGCUGCCGAUGAAGACGAUAUCGUACCACUUGUCACACAGUCUGCGUCUGUUUCCAACGGAGAUGCAAUGGAUCUUGACAAUGAACAGGAAGUUGUCACUGCGAGCAAGAAGAGAUCGUUUGAGUUCGACGACGAUGAAGAUCUACAGGCCAAGCUUGCAGAGCAGCGGCGGCAGGCUCUGAAGAAGCGCAAGAAGACGGAUGCAGCAGAGCUUGCUCGGCAAAUGCGAGAAGAAAUGCCAGUCGAUGAACCAGAGCCGGAGGAAGAAGGAUUGGUCAUGGAUGAGACUACCGAGUUUGUUGCUAAUUUGAAGAAGCCUGACGAGGCUGAUGAAGAUGAUAUCCGGGCAAAACGAAGCAAAUCAGCUCAGCCCGGUGCAGCAGGCUCUCCGGAUGUGCAAGAUGAGGACGACGAUGGCGACACCAAUAUGGGGCAACAGUCUUAUGCUGACGCAGAAGAGGAAGAAGAGCGACAAGUGCGUAUAAAGCGUGAGGCUUCGAACGCUGCCGAGAUUUCUGCGACCGGUCUGGAAGAUGAGGAGAGUCUAGUUGGCUCCGGAAUUGGUGCAUCACUAAACAUGCUUCGCAAGCGUGGUCUCAUCGACAGUCCAGCGGCCGAAGGCUCAGUGGAGAGAGAACGUCAACGCAUGAAGUUCCUAGCAGAUAAGCAACAGCUGGUCGAGGAGUAUGAUCAAAGAGCCAAGGACCAGCGUGAAGCCGAUCGCCGCAGUGGCCGAUUCGACAAGAUGACUAACCGUGAGCGCGAUGCCUUGGCUCGCCAACAAAACGAGCAGAGAGAGCAAUACAUAUCACGAUUGCUAGCCGAGAAGUUCAACAAGGAGUAUAAGCCGGAUGUCAAGCUGAGGUAUAACGAUGAGCACGGUCGCGAGAUGAAUCAGAAGGAAGCUUUCAAGCAUCUCAGUCAUAUGUUUCACGGCAAGGGCUCAGGCAAGGGCAAGACCGAGAAGCGUCUCAAGAAGAUCGAAGACGAGAAGAAGAGCGCGGCCCGAGGAAUGCUCAAUGUCGGCGAGGAGGGCGGAUUCUCGAACGUCCAAGGUAGAGAAGGAAAGCGGCAGAAGACGGCAGGUGUUCGUCUCCAAUAA